AUGCGCCUGCCGAUCCUACUUCUCUGCACACUUCUUGCAACCAUUUUCAACGCCGAGGGUCAUAUGUACGAAGAUUUUGGAGACAAUCAGAAGUCUUGCAAGCCCUGCAUCUGCACAUGCCUGCAGCAGGCUCCCGAGACGACAACCACCACAGAAGCCCCGACAUCCAUCACGCCAUCUCCAGAAACCAUAAUAACAUCUCCGACAAUCACUACAACAUCUCCGACAACCACCACGACAUCUCCGACAACCACCACGACAUCUUCGACAACCACUCUAACAUCUCCGACAACCACCACGACAUCUUCGACAACCACCACGACAUCUUCGACAACCACUCCAACAUCUCCGACAACCACCACGACAUCUUCGACAACCACUCCAACAUCUCCGACAACCACCACGACAUCUUCGACAACCACCACGACAUCUUCGACAACCACUCCAACAUCUCCGACAACCACCACGACAUCUUCGACAACCACCACGACAUCUUCGACAACCACUUCAAAAUCUCCGAAAACCACUUCAAAAUCUCCGAAAACCACUUCAAAAUCUCCGAAAACCAUCACGACAUCUUCGACAACCACCACAAAAGCUUCGACAGCCACGAAAACAGCUGCGAAAACCGCCACCACCUAG